AUGCCUAUCACCUUCUCCCGUUCGCGCUUGCCCAAAACUGUGACCACAAGCCAAAACUGGCGCAUCCCCCUUGAAAUCAUAUACCUCAUCCUCACCUUCCUAUUCGACGAGCACAGUCCACGGGUCGUGCUGCGAGGCCCAACUUCUGUUCCAUGGGGAAUCCAGUGGCAGCCCGCGACGCACUUCAUAUCUCAAGACCUUAAAUCAGUUUCGCUGACCUGCCGCGCCCUCGCAGAUUACACACGGCCUUUCGUCUUUCGCUGCGUUCAGCUCUCCACCGGACGGUCACUUCGACCCAAGGAGGAGUGGGAAAAGAUGCCGAUUUGGCAGUGGUACUCAACAGUUGAUGCAUUCGUGGAUCUCCUACGACACUCUCCUCAAGCAUCUGAGCACGUCGAGUACCUCUUCAUCAGCGGCUGUGAGUUAGCCCCUAUCCUCAUUGACAGCCCUUACCCUCGAGUCGCCGCGGAGGGGCUACCCAAGUGGCGCCAACGACUCGCAACCUCCUUCCCCUCAACGUGUCCGAGCUUAAAAGUCAAGCAGCGUCUGGAAAAGAAGAAAAUGGUGUGGAUCGAGGCCCUGAACCGGCGGUACCCCAAGCUCAGAUGGCUUGUGUUGGACCUAGGCACCCGGUGGCAUCUGGUCGCACCGGAUGUCGCACAGGGGCUUCAGCGUCUGUUGAAGGCUGAGAGUCUUGAAGGACUCAGCAUCAACCCCUGGUUCAUGACACCAUGUAUGCCGCAGCCGCGCAAGAAUCUCAAGUAUAUGGUAUUCGGGGGAUGCUUUCUCUCCCGACCGGACGACGAAGCCCUCCGCCCCGACCUCGUUGGAUCAGUUGGAGCGACCAGGGUACCCCAAUGCGAGCUUCCUGUUCUGAAACUGUUGGAUCUGUCCAAUACCCAACCAUACGGUGUGACCAAGUGGCUCGAGGCGUUGUCAACGAGGACGUUCAAUUUAACGAGGUUGGAGAGGUGCCGGAUACCGGUUCAUAAUGGUCAAGGCUGGGUCUUCCCUUUCUACAUCGAUUUCUUGAAGUUGUGGGGCGGGACGCUGGUUCACAUUGCGAUAUACGUCAAAUGGUAUGUGUCUGAGCCGAGCAGGCCUGCGAAUGUAUUCACCCCUUUCAACUUCACCCAUUUCCCAAAGUUGGAAACUUUUGCGAUAUCGGCGCAUUUCUACGAGGGGGAAGGGUUACUUGACUGGCUCGCGCGUUCGGUAGAGGCCAGUGGAGGGGAGGUGAACUGCAAGAUCGAGCUAUAUCUCAGGGUGCAGAGGGAGGUCCCUUACACGGGGAUUCCUAUCCCAAAAUACGAUGUGCACCGCCCACCAUAUUCCUUGGAAGACUGGAUGGCCAGGUGGGACAUAUUGAUGGGCUAUGAUACUCGGAGCCCGUUGUUGAGGGACGUGGAAAUCGCUGCCUUCUUGGACACGCGAAAAUCGCUGCACUGCCCGGACUCGCUAAUUACCCCUCUCGGUCCAUAUUCUUCGGAGACACCAAUAGUAUAG